AUGUCAUCAACUACCAAAUCCACUCGAUCCAUCUUCUCACCAAUCAUCUUCCUCCUCUUCUUACUGCUCGUAAUAGCUUUCCUCGCUACUCCUGCAGAUGCUGGAUUCACACCAGUCUACAUGUCAUACUAUUGUAGACAACAGUGUGAACAGAAAUUCGCAAUGUGCGCGAGGGUUGCCAUCUCCUCAUUCCCUCUACCACUCACCUUGUAUCCUACCCAUCUACCUUGCGUCUUCCGCUUGUAA